AUGUCCCCAUACUCUCUUGUGUUUGGAAAAGCUUAUCACUUACCUUUAGAGUUGAAGCACAAGGCGUUUUGGGCAGUUAAAAAGCUAAACAUGAACUUGGAUGCCUCGGGCGCUCAACGCAAACUUCAACUCAAUGAGCUCAAGGAGUGGCGAUUGAGCGUGUACGAGAACAGCAAGCUAUACAAGAGAAGACAAAAGCAAAAGCUAAAAUCCAGGUGGUCAGGACCCUUUAUCAUUAAGACAAUCUUUCCAUAUGGAGCAGUGGAAAUAACACGAGAAGAUGGCACCAACGCAUUCAAAGUAAACGGCCAAAGAGUGAAGCCUUACUUUGAAGAUGAACUGGAACACCAACAUUCAUCUCUCGCACUACGCGAAGCCAGUUGA